AUGAGUUCUGUGCCUUCAUCUUCCACGAUUAGUGGAUCUAGCACAGCUACAGACAAUAUAAGGGUUCUUCUAAUGGCCUCGGUUCGAAAUGAAUUUGGAGAUUCUUGUAUUUUUUCGCGACUUGGACAAACUGCACUCGGGCAACACUAUGUACUAUUGGCCAAAAAACGAUUUCUCAGCGGCUAUCAGGUAAGAGAAAUUUGAACAGCUGCCUCCAACUGGGGGUAUAGCUCAGUGGUAGAGCGCUCCCUUAGCAUGGGAGAGGGCUGGGGUUCAAUUCCCCAUACCUCCAAAACAUUUUUUAUUUUUUUUUUUAGAAAAAUAAAUUAUUUUGCAGACUUUCAUGAUAACGGCAAAUAUGCGAAAUCGACCAUUCAUUUCUGCACCUUUCAAAAUUUCGGGAAUCCAAAGUAUGGAUGAAUCGAGAGUUUUUAUCGAGAGAAUGAUUCAUGAAUUGGGACGACCUGGAAUGUUUGGAUUAGAUGAGCAACCCGUGGGUUGUCAAAUUCCAAUAGGAAAAGAAUUUUUGCAAUUGGACGAGGUUCCGAUCGAAGUUCACGAUAAACCAGACAAAUAUUUGAAGCGUGGUGAUGAGAUAUUUUGUGAGAUCAAUGUUACGGGAAUCAAAUUUUUCCACACUGGAAUCUACGCGGGGAAUGGAGAAGUUUAUCAUUUUGUAUGCGAUCCUCGUAAGUUCUCAAAGUUUCCUGGAAUUAUCUUCUAAAUUUGCUUUAAAAAAACAUUUCCAGAAGAAUCUGAAACACUCGCCGAAGCGUUGGCCGUGUUCAGCGGUGUUCAAGCACACGUCUGUUUCGAUUCGUGGAAUGAAUUUGUGUACGCGCUGAUUGAGCCGGGAUUCAGUGCACCGAGAAUAUUUCGAGCAUCACAUCCGCUCGUUUGCAGAUCAGAAGACCAAGUGAGAUUUUUUGGGAAUGUAAUUAGGUUUGGAGUAAAGGCAGCUGGUUAAUUAGUGCACAAUUUUUUUUCUCGAGAUCUGAUAGGUGAAACCUUCCUAGAUUUUUCAUUUGAAAAAAAAUUGACAAAAAAGAUCACCUCGAAAAAAAUGGAAACGCGAAAAAUAUUUUUUUGCAAAAAAAAUAUAUACCGUAGUUCUUUCGUCGCGACGAGACCCUGUGUGUAUCUCAGCUGUUGCGCCUUUCAAAAACUACGGUUUUUUGUUUUUUUUCCGAAUUUUCGAGGUUUCUGCAUGAAAAAAGGCAGAAAUUAAUCGGAUUAAUAACAAAUCGAAGAAUGGAAAUAGUCUAACCCUGUUUAAAGCAAGAAACACUAUAAAAAACGAUUUUAAAGUGUUUUAUUAAGGAAAUACCUGUUUUUUGGUUGAAAAUUACGAACUCAUCUCUAAAUUAGUUCUAAUUCACUUUUCUCAAGUUGAAUUCCUUGUUUUGAUCAAAAAUAGCCACCAAAAACGCCUUGUGAAUCAAAGGCGCAUCGAUUUUUGAAAGAUGUGGGUCUUGUCGCGACGAAAAUCAACGAGAGAGGCACACCUGACGAGACGUGUCCAAAAUGGACACUGUACAUUUUUUUCAAAAGUCACACUGCAUUUUUUUCGAAAAAAAACUUUGUUUCCUUUUCAUCAACAUUUAACUUGGGGAAAUAAAUGCACAUUUAGUUCAGUGGUAGGCCAUUUUGCUAGUGUUCAGAAGUCCCAGGUUCGAAUCUUCAUUCGAGCUAACUUUUUUUUAUUUUUUCCCAACUUCAAAAUCAACUUCAGAUUGCGAAUUUUUCGAAGUUUCUCGGUGAAAAUCAACUCAGCAGACUUUGUUUUACAAUUAGUGUAGUAACAUAAUGUGCAGUGUGGAAUUUACGUGACUGCUUAGCAAACCAUAGUGUCACUGAAAUUUCAAAAAAAUUGACUUUCUAUAAAAAAACUUCAAAUUCCACACUGCACAUGGGUAAAUUCAAAAACUACGCUUAAAAAUACACCAACUUUCUGAAUAUACCAACCCUUGAUAUGUGCUCGAAAAAAAAUGCCGUCCGAUUCUUUGUAAUGUCCAUAUUUACCAUCAAAAUGGACACUUCAAAAUAACAGCGAAAUAGGGCAUUUCCACACUGCACUCAUGGUGUUCCACACUGCCUAUGACCUUAGCAAUCUAUUGGAAAAAAAUCAACUAUAUCCGUUAAGCCUAAGCUUAGUUAUCCUAACUUCAAAUUUUGAGCAACGUUGCAACGCAUUCGUUUGAAAACAGUUUCCUUUCCACCAACAUUUUCCCCUCGGGAGAAAAAAGAGAUGUGGCCGAGAGGAUAGCAUUUUAGACUGGCGAGCAUGAGACCGGGGUUCGAAUCCUCCUGCCCGCGGACUUUUUUUUUUCGAAAAACUUGAAAAUUUCACGCUGCACAUUUUUUUUUGAAAAAAAUUUUCACACUGCACAAAAAAUUUGGGACACUCUCUCGUCAGGUGUGGAGAGAGGGAAACAACUUUUUUCAAAAAUAUUUUUUUUCGCGUUUCCAUUUUUUUAACGUUUAAAAUAUAUGAAACACGGAAAAAAUGAUGCAAUUUCGGGUGCAGCAAUUUUUUGAAAACGAAUUCGAGAUCAGCUUCCCCUGUUGGAUCUUAUCCUUCACAUUUUUGCAGAUAAUCAAAGCAGCUGAAAAUCUCCAAGAAACCUUAUUCGUCUACGAUAUUCGCCGUUCAAAUUGUCAACAUUUCACAUCAACUUGUUCAACUGGUUCCGGAUUUUCGUACGAUAUGACAUCUGGUCUCAAAUAUUUCGCAUGUUCUGUUAUGAAACCAACACAUACCGUAGUUUCUGCAAUGACAAGAACCAACAAAGAUCGAUCGAGUAAUAGUUCAUUCGCAAGUAGUAAUUCAUAG